AUGGCACUUCACAAAUUGGCUGUGGUCCUCUCCGCCGUUUCGAGGGUAUUUGGCGCUAGCUUAACCCAAGUUACAAACUUCGGCGAGAACCCAACGAAAAUCCAGAUGUUCGAGUAUGUGCCCGAUAAGCUUACAGAAUCGCCGGCCAUCAUUGUCAAUCUUCACCCAUGCGGCGGCAGUGCAACCUCCUGGUUCCGGGGAACAAGAAUGCCUUCCUAUGCCGACCAGCUUGGAUUCAUCUUGAUAUACCCCGGCACUACCAAUAUGAAUAACUGCUGGGACGUACAGAGCGAAGGCAGCCUCACACAUGGCAAGGGAGGUGAUGCCCUCGCCAUCGUCAAUAUGGUGGACUACGCUCUUAAAACUUACAGCGGAGACCCAGAGCAUGUAUACGUCAUGGGCUCCUCUUCAGGCGCCAUGAUGACCAACGUGCUUGCAGGCUCGUACCCCGACGUCUUUGAGGCUGGUUCUGCAUACUCCGGUGUUGCUCAUGCCUGUUUUGCUGGCGCUCCGUCUGCAACUCCUAUGUCGCCUAACCAAACCUGCGCCCAGGGACUCACGCAUACCCCUGAGGAGUGGGCAGCCUUUGUCCAUAACUCGUACCCUGGCUACGAGGGCCGCCGGACCCGCAUGCAGAUCUGGCAUGGUAACUCGGAUUUCCUUGUCAGACCGCAGUGUGCGGUGGAGGCCCUAAAGCAAUGGUCGGCUGUAUGGGGCGAGACCAACACCAAGAAUGUCACGGGCGUCCCCUCGGCGGCGUACACCCAAAUCCUCUUCGGUGAUAAUGGAGCCAAUGUUAUGGGUUUCUUUGGACAAGGUGUUGGACACACAGCACCUGUAAAUGAGGAGUUUACACUUCGGUUCUUUGGGCUGAUGGAUUGA